AACUUAAUCUAAACUUUGAUCUCCUUACAUAGAUUUUGAAUGUCAUAUCGGACAAAAUGGCCGCGCCUAUAUUUGAUAGAGUACCUUUAUCAAAAGCUCUAGGCUUCUCAAUACGAGAUAAUUUUGGCAAAUCUGUGAAAGAUAGCCGACGAGGAUCUAACAAUUUAGAAACAUACAAUGAAAUGCUGAAAACUAGCACUGAAUUCAUUGGAUUAGAAGAUGAUGACAAUAUUGGGUCGGAUCUCGCCAGGCUUAAGCGAAUAGCUGAUCGUCGAAGGCCUGUUCGCUUGCAGUCAUCUGUUGGUCGCAGACGUGCUCGUUCCCAGGAGCUGCGAAGACGAAAACUGAACAGCCAAAGUUUAAGAAGUCAUCGAGAUCAUUCUAGACGUUCGAGUUCAGAAAAUAUGAAUAUUGUGAUAUAAUUAAUAAAUAUUCCAUAAUAUGC